AUGGAAGUCUGCGUCAAACUUUCCAACGGCCCUUCGUAUGUGGACGUGGACGGCGUCAGAGUGCAUUCAGGGUACAGCCCAGAAGCUGUCCGCUCGGCCAUUCUGUACGAACCUUCACCCGAGGACGUGUUUGUGGUUACUUAUCCAAAGGCAGGAACCACAUGGGUUCAGCAAAUCGGAUAUCUUAUCUUAAAUAAGGGAGUUCCCGCUUGCAACGCUUUGGAUUUCCUCAGAAGUAGCCCCUUCCUCGAGAUGUCUGGAGCAACUGUCAUGAAACAAUGGACAAGACGUGGUUUUAUCAAGACGCACCUUCCGUACAGUCUCCUUCGGAAACAUGCCAAAGCGAAGUACAUAUAUGUCUGCAGAAAUCCAAAGGACGUCUGCAUCUCCCUGUUCCAUCACACACGUCUCUUUAACGCUUACGAGUUCGCCGAUGGAAUGUUUGAAGAUUUUUUUGAGGCGUUCUUAAAGGGAGACACCGACUACGGGGACUUCUUCGAGCACGUACUGUCUUGGUACAAGCACCGCAACGACCCGAACGUCCUGUUUCUUCACUACGAAGAGAUCAAACUAAACCUCAGGCAAUGUGUCGUGAAGAUCGCAAAGUUCAUGGGUGAAGAACAUCUCGAGUUGCUUCUGAAUAAUGAGGCAACUCUGGAAAACGUGUUGCGCUACAGCGGCAUUGAAUACAUGAGGUGGCAGGUUGAACAUCUCUUCUCCCAUCUCUAUAAGAAGGAUCUUGUUUCUGAGAAGCGUUCAGUUGGUUCGCAAGAUUGCGACAAAAGGCGUGCUUUUGUAAGAAAAGGAAUUGUCGGCGACUGGAAAAAUUAUUUCAACGCCGAUAUGAACGCAAGAAUGGAAGAGAAGAUAAACCGAAUGUUGUCGAGCACUGAUUUAGUCGAUUUCUGGAGAGACAAUGGCGUUCUGUAA